GAGAUGACAAAGUUCCAAAAAUGUUGCAAAGAGCCCUUGCCCAGCUGUCGCUGAGCAGCAUGAAGUCUGCAAAUGUAUGCAUAGGUCGUCCGGUCUUGCUUACAUCUGCUGGUGGGCGACAGGAGGUCUGUACUGCUUGGCCCACCACAGGCUUUCCAGGUGGGAAAGUUGGGCUGAGUGAAACCACACAGAAGAAUCUGAAAGUAAAUCCAGGUGAUGCCAUCACUGUGCAGCCUGUGACUGGUGCAGUCAUCCAGGCAGAGGAAGUCGAUGUAAAGUUGAGGGACAAAGAUGCCACUGUUAAUGCUGAGGAGAUGUCUGUCUGUCUACUGAGAAACCUAGAUGGGAAAAUAGUUUUACCAGGAAACCUCUUGGCUUUCACUUUCUAUGGGAAACUUUGUAACUUUGUGGUGAUGAAAGUGAAAGGAACUGAUGGUGCAGAGCUGACUGCCCAGGGCAGUGCCAUUUCGAGCGAUAUGCAUGAGCCAGACCUUGAAAGAUCCGAUUUGGAGACAAGUACAUUAGAUUUGUCCUUACAGCUCUGCAAGAUGGACAUUGAGGAUAGUCCAGAGGUUGCAUCUACCAGCACACCAAGCAAACCAGUGGAUCCAGGUUCACCAGUUACGCCCAGUUCUGCUGUGGCAGCCAGCGGUCGAGACUCCGGUCAGGGAAAUAAAAUCCACAGCAAGGGAGAUGAUGCAGACCUCACCGACGAUUUGGAGUUGACUGGGAAAGGAAGCAGUGAGGGACUCCCACUAACUGGCAAUACUGGAGCAAUAAGCAAUACAGAUGAUUUUUAUUUAAUUUCUUCAAGAACUAGAAUCAAUUUUAUUGAAACGAGGACCGAUGUUGCGGAAGAUGGUGAUUGUGAAUCCAGAGUCACCUAUAAUAUGAUAGGAGGUUUAAGCAGCCAACUCAGAACUAUUAGAGAAACAGUUGAACUGCCCUUGAAGCAAGCUGAACUGUUCAAGAGUUACGGAAUCCCUCCUCCUAGAGGAGUGCUAUUAUAUGGCCCUCCAGGUACCGGGAAGACUAUGAUUGCCAAAGCCAUUGCAAAUGAGGUUGGCGCUCACGUUACCGUUAUUAAUGGUCCUGAAAUAAUAAGCAAGUUUUAUGGGGAGUCUGAAUCAAGAUUGCGUCAGAUAUUUGCUGAAGCUUCUCGGCGUCAGCCCUCCAUUAUAUUUAUAGAUGAGUUGGAUGCACUCUGUCCAAAGAGAGAAGGGGCUCAGAAUGAAGUUGAAAAGAGAGUUGUUGCUUCAUUGCUGACGUUAAUGGAUGGCAUUGGCUCAGAGGGCAGUGAAGGGCAGCUCUUGGUACUUGGGGCCACUAAUCGUCCUCAUGCACUGGAUGCAGCGCUGCGCAGACCUGGGCGUUUUGAUAAAGAGAUAGAAAUUGGAAUUCCUAAUGCCCAAGACCGUCUGGAUAUUCUACAAAAGCUUCUCAAGAAAGUUCCCCAUUCGCUUACAGCAGCAGAGUUGGUGCAACUGGCUGAUAAUGCGCAUGGUUAUGUGGGUGCAGAUUUAGCAGCCUUGUGCAAAGAAGCAG